AAAAGACGGAGCGCUGGACGUCAGAUAAAUGAACAGAAGAAGACAGACAAGAAGUAAACACUCACAGGAACACGUCAGGAGUCAGGACCGGGCGAGUGGACCCAUCUGAGUGAAAUCUACAUCACAUUGAACAUCCCUCCUAAAAAACCAUCUUGGCAUCCGGAGGGUGAACACUGUAAACACUGACAUAACAAAGAAUCAAUGGAAGAAGUUGAUGUAAACAACCUCAACAUCAUGCCUUGUGCUGAGCAGGAGGAUCAGGGGAAUCAUGUGCCGCCCCUGAGGAUCAUGCUUCUUGGGAAGAGCGGGGUCGGCAAGAGCUCGAGUGGGAACACCCUCGUCGGAAAACAGGUGUUUCUAUCAGACAUGAGGCUGAAGAGAGUCACUCGAUACUGUGAGGCGGGGAGUGGGACAGUCAAGGAUGUUCCCGUCUCUGUGAAAGGGGAAACAAAGGAUGUGCCUGUCACUGUGAUUGACACUCCCGGACUUUUUGAGACAAAUCGCAACAAGGAGGCACUAGUGCGGGAUAUUCUGAAAUGUGUCAAACUCCAGGAACCAGGAACCCACGUUUUUGUGUUGGUUGUCCCGGUAGGAAGGAUGACUCAGGAAGACGAAGACACCAACUCCCUGCUGGAGGAAAUGUUUGGCCCGAGGAUUUGGGACUACACCAUCGUGCUGUUCACCCAUGGGGAUCGUCUGGAAGGUAAAACGAUAAACGGCGUCAUCACCGAGAGUGACGACAAACUCCGCAACUUCCUACGAAAGUGCAGCGGUGGCUUUCACGUCUUCGACAACAAGAACCCGCAGGACCAGGACCAAGUGACCAGCUUCCUGGAAAAGAUCCAGACCUUGGUGGCCCUGAAUGGAGGGCAACAUUACAAAACAGAUCUGUAUCCAAAGCAGGAGAGGAAGAUAAGAGAAAUACAGGAGAGCCUCCUGGCAGAGAGCGCUAAGGAGAUACACGCCAAAGAGAAACAGCUGAGAGAGCAUUUCAGGGGGGAAGACCUGGAAAAAGAGUUGAUCGAGAUGUGGAGAAAAGAAGAGGACAGAGCAAGAGAGGGUGCAGAGAAAUACCUCUGCAAGAAUUCCUACUUUUGGACUUUCAUUCUCUUCCUGGUAGGAAUAGCACUGCUAUGUUUCUAUUUUAAGACACCAGUUGAGUUGAUUCUGGUGGUAUUUUUGAUUUUGAUUGUGAUUGUGUUUUUCCUCAAGAAAUGGUUUAUUCGUCCAGCUAUAUCAGGAAGAAAUCCACAGCUUUUUAAGAAAAGGCAAUAGGAUUUAGUGUGUUUUGAGAUAGUGAAGCUCAUCCAGAAUGCAGUUGCAUGAUUGGUCGCUCACUUGCUCACUUGACCCAUGAAACCGUUCAACAAAAACCCACCUGUUUGCUAUCCUGACUUCAAAAUGCUGGAACGAUUUCCCAUUGGCAUCAGGACAGCAGGAAGUCUACACAUCUUCCGUUGCAAACUAUUUCAACUUUACCUACGCUUAAUCAAGGAUUUAGUAUAAAAAAAGGGUUCAGAGAAUGAUAUACACCUGACUUCCUACAUUUACAUUAGAUAAAAAAACAAAUAAACCAGUAUUCAGAAUUUGAAACGGCAUAUUCAGAUUUUGGCCAUGUGUAUCAUUUUCUGAUAAAGAUGUGUGCGAAAUGACCAUAUUUAUCAAGUUUUAGGAGGGUUCGUUGGUGAUGUAUUUAGUGAAUUUGGAAUAUGCAUCUUAAUAAGGGAUUUUUACCGCUUUUGCAACACAUCGCAGCGGCAACUUUUUCAGAAGGUGGUUGAUCAAAGAGGGAUUUGCGUUCAACUGGUCGAUACAAGGGCCCCACCACUCAUUCAGUUAAUCGGAAUUUAAUAUUAAUCCGAACUAUUGCAAGAGCCGAGUAUAAUGACAAAAACUAUAUAUGUUGUGUUUGUUUAAAUAUUCAUUAUCAGUGGGCUAAUUAGUUAUUAAGUCUCUAAUGGAUGUUCAACUAUUGCUGCUGAUUUUUCUUUCAGUUUUUUUAAACAUGUUUGAUUUUCCCACUUCCUUGUCUAUCACAUAUAACCUUAAAGAGAGCUAGCUAAUCAUAUAUUAUGUUUAAGGUGGUAUUUUGUGUCAAAAAUAACUUCUGGGUGUUAAAUCUGGGUGUUUUGUGAUUAUAAUGCAGUGUGCAAUGUGACUGUAAAUAUGAUGGGAUGGCGACCUCUGGUGGUUUCUUUAACACAUUAACAUGACAUCGGACCAGUCAGUUUGAGUCAGUUACUUAGUUGUUUCUGUUUACUUUCCUCUGUUUUGGAACAGCAGUGGUAAGACACUCUUUUCUGAUUUCAUUUUGUCAAUGCUUAUUCUGGUGAUUUUCUUUUUUUUUAACAAAUGUUCUGAUUUCACGUAAUACAUUUUUGUAAAAAGAAUGUACAUGGACAAAAUAAACAGACAUACUUUCAGA